UUACCAUACGGAGGUAAUGCAUACUCAUCACCAGGCCGCUGUGCUGAACGUUUGGGAGAGCGAACUGCCAUGGAUCAAAAGCACAAACAAGAGGAGCAGGGCGACCUGUUCGCCGGCUUCAGCACGGCGUUUAAAUCCUUCGCCACUGAGGCUAUUCACGUCGGUCAGGAGCCGGAGCAGUGGAAAUCAAUGGCUGUAGUGCCGCCGAUCUCCCUCUCCACUACGUUCAAGCAGUCCGCACCAGGAAACCACGCCGGCUUCGAAUACAGCCGGAGUGGAAACCCCACAAGAAACUGUCUUGAGAAGGCCGUGGCUGCUUUGGAUGGAGCAAAAUAUUGCAUUGCUGUUGCCUCGGGGCUGGCAGCCACAGUGACCAUCACUCACAUGCUCAAGUCGGGGGAUGGAAUCGUCUGUAUGGAUGACGUGUACGGAGGCACAAACCGCUACUUCCAAAGAAUUGCGUCUGAAGUUGGUCUGCAGGUGUCUUUUGCUGACUGUACAAAACCAGAGCUGCUGAAGGCCGCUCUCAAUGCCAAAACCAAACUGGUGUGGAUUGAGACUCCCACAAACCCCACCAUGAAGGUCGUUGACAUCCAGGCCUGUUCUGAGGUGGCCCACCAAUACAACAAAGACAUCGUGGUGGUCGUGGACAACACCUUCAUGUCUGCUUACUUCCAGCGCCCCUUGGCUUUGGGAGCUGAUAUCUGCAUGUAUUCAGCCACUAAAUACAUGAACGGUCACAGUGACGUGGUGAUGGGUCUGGCCUCGAUGAACCGGGAAGAUCUCUACGAUCGACUGAAGUUUCUGCAAAAUGCACUGGGCUGUGUACCGUCCCCCUUCGACUGCUUCCUGUGCAACCGAGGACUGAAGACGCUACACCUGAGGAUGGAGCGCCACUUCAAGAACGCCAUGGCUGCUGCCAAGUUUCUGGAGGCGGAUCCUAGGGUGGAGCGGGUCAUCUUCCCAGGCCUGCCAUCUCAUCCGCAGUACGAAGUGAUGAAGAAACAAUGCACCGGGUGUCCGGGGAUGAUCACCUUCUACAUUAAGGGGAAACUCGAGCACGCCAGCGCCUUCCUCAGUAACCUCAAAUUGUUUGCGAUAGCUGAGAGUCUUGGUGGUUAUGAAAGUUUAGCAGAACAUCCGGCGAUCAUGACCCAUGCAUCAGUGCCAGAGAACGAGAGAGCUGUCCUGGGGAUCAGCGACACACUCAUCCGACUCUCUGUGGGUCUGGAGGACGAGGCCGACAUCAUCGAGGACCUGGAGCAAGCACUCGCUGCUGCUCAUCCAAAGAAGAAGUGAAAUGGCUUCAGGUGGUCCUCGAGGCUGAGGCUGGGAUAAAGACCAGAGGUGUCUGAAGUGUCAAAUUAUCGCAGAUCAACGCUUGGUACCUCGAUAUAGCGCACAAACAGCAGAGAUUCAACUAUCAGGGAACAACUAGUUCUUUAAAAUAUACAAAUUGUGCUAUCUGUGAAUAAUUAACACAAUUUUUACAUGUGACUCUUUUUAAUGCCUAUUUUACUCGAACAUCAGCUGUAAUCUUAUUUAUCUUAUGCUGGUUUGCUUUGUUUUUAUGUUUGUAUUUGUUUUGUUUUAAUUUAGUUUUGUUUGGAGGGCUUUAACGGGACAAAGACUGAUGCCGUAAGAGUUUCUGCAGGAAAAACGCCAAACGCAGUAUUUGCUGUAAAACUUGAGUACAUCAGGCUGCAUCCUAGUUUUAAUGCAGAGAACACUCUCCACAUGUCACUGCCCCGAGUACAACUGCAGCUGUAAUCUGUUUUAAUAUCUUCCUAAUUCUAGCUGCCAUAGUUUCCUCUGUAAAUGAUGUGGACAUGUAUUGAUGACCCUCUUUAGUCAGACUAACCAGACUCAUGCAGGCAAAGCUAAUACCGCCACCUACUGUCCAAAAGUCAGAAAUAUUUUCUCUUUCCUGUUAUCUGCUUGAAACAUUUAGAGGCCUUUUCAUAACCAUUUAAAUCAUUUUAUGAACAACAAAUAUCUGCAUUCAAAAAAUACUGUGUGUAUGGUUGCAACCUAUUCAUCUGCUUAAUAUGAUGCUUCAUCAAGUGUAUGCCUUGUAAAGAGGAGGAAAGGAGACUUAUUCCUCAUGUUUGAGACUAAUCAGGAUGUAUGCCAAUGAAUGAGGGAGUGUUUGGUAAGCCCAUGCCUUAUUUGGAGCAGAGUUUCCCAGCAGUGAUGAUGUCAAAGGUUUUUUAUAGUAACAACUGAAGGUUGUUACAGGAGAAUAAUGCUGGAUGAAACACUUGAUGUGUUCUUGAUCUCAAAUCAAAGCUUUAUGGCCUGGGACAAAAGCUUAUUUUCCCCAGGUAAGCACUCACACAUUGUGUGCUCCAACACACAUACUACCAUUCCACUUUUUAGUAUGCCAGAAAAAGAUUUAGUGCGUCAGAGUAUAUAAUACGUCAAAUACAGUUUGCUAAAAAACAAAACUCCACAAUGUCUUUCUGCAUCCGGUUGUUUUCUGUAGUAUGGAAGCCAGCAUGUUUUUCGGUCACUUCUGACCCAUAAUCCUCUGCACUGCAUAUCCAACCCUAGCUCUAAAGAAGUUAGCAUGCUGUAUAAAACGUAAAUAAACACAGACCGUAUCAAAUCCUGAAUUCAGAGUUUAUAUUCAUGAAAACAACAGCUUAUCAGGGAAAGGUUUAGGGUUAGACCAAAAAGAUUUUGAGCUAUAAGGCAAAAAUGCAUCUUCCAGUUUCUGCAGUUGUGCUUGUUCUACAUGUGGCUGAAACACAACCGAAGCUACAUCAUUUAAAAAAACUUAAUUUUUUUGCUGCUGGCAGGCAGGUGGUUUUUAAGAGGUUAACUACAUUGUCGUUGAACAGUUUGGAAUGGAAUAUAUGUUUCGAAGAAUUUGAAAAUGAUCACACUCUGUUUAAAUUUUUAUACAACGUCCCAACUUUUUUGGAAACCUGGCUGUAAAAGCAAGAGGGUCAAUGUUUACAGUGCAGUUGUAUGCAUGCUUCAUGCAACAUAAGUACUUUGUAGGGGCAGCUGCAGUACGUAUGCCAGGUAAACAUGCCACAUUAAAACAUGCCAGAUAAAAAGAUUGCGAUAUCUAACUUUCUGGCAUAUUAUAAAGUAUGUUAGUGUGGGUUUUGGAACACAAGCUUGUUUUUUAUCCAUGUAGAGAUGAAUGUUUUACUCAGGCGCUCACACCUUCUGCUCUCCUCCUGUAGUCACAUGUCACAUCACUGCUCAAGUACACGCUUCGUUUGGAAUAGACCACCCGCGAUCAAUGUCAUUUAUGUAACCGACAAAUCCAUUAAAAUCAGUUUGCAGUACAA